AUGGGCUCUCUCGCAGGCCUUCGAACGCAACCGUUCAAGGUCCUUGUGGCCGGCGGCUCAUACGGCGGUCUCUCGGCCGCACUCAACCUCCAAGAUCUCUGUCAGGGGUUGGCGCCACGGUGUGGGCCAACCCCGGCGGAGGGCAAACCCGUCCAACCAUCACCAUGCGCAGUGGAUAUCACCAUAAUUAACGAGCGGGAUGGCUACUAUCACGUCAUUGGCUCGCCCCUGGCGCUGGCGUCCGAGGCACACGCCGAAAAGUUCUGGGUCAAGUACGAAGACAUGCCCGGGUUGCGAUCGCCCAACAUCCGCGUGCUCCACGGGUCAGUCAAGUCGGUCGACCCGGAGCGGAAGGUAGCAACCUACCUUGCGCACGGCAGCACCGAGGAGCCCGAGGAGAUGCAGUACGACUACUUUGUCGCUGCUUCUGGGUUGAGGAGGGCGUGGCCCGUCGUGCCCCAAUCGCUGCGCAGGAAGCAGUAUCUGUUCGAGGCGGGGGAUCACAUCCGAGCUGCCACGGCUGCAAGGCACGGCGUGGUCGUUGUUGGCGGUGGCGCUGUGGGCAUCGAGAUGGCAGCCGAGCUCAAGGUAACGCAACCACAGCUCAACGUCACUCUCGUCCACUCCCGCGACAAGCUGCUCUCCUCCGAGCCGCUACCCGAGGAGGUUGGAGAGCGCAGCCUAGAGUUGCUCAGGGAAGCCAAUGUCACCGUGCUCAUGUCCCACCGUCUCGGCCGCACCGAGGAGAUCCAGGAUGACACAGGCAAAGACUGCCUCAAACUCCAUUUCACCAACGGCCACACCAUGCUCGCCGACCAAGUUACCCUCGCAGUAUCGCGGAGCAUCCCAUCAACAACAUACCUCCCAGCCAACGUGCUCGACGACGAGGGAUACGUCAAGAUCCAGUCCAGCCUCGCCUUCCCCCCCAACACACCCAACGCCCCCUCCCACUUCGCCGUCGGCGACCUGGCCCAAUGGUCCGGCAUCAAGCGCUGCGGCGGCGCCAUGCACAUGGGCUACUACGCGGCGCACAACAUCCACCAGCACAUGCAGAUGCAGACGCAAACCCAAAGCGACAGGAAACCCAAACUGCUCACGCUGGACGAGAUCCCGCCCAUGAUUGGACUUGCGGUGGGCAGGAAGGCCGUCGCGUACUGGCCGGAGGCGGGGGUCACGGCGGGGGAGGAGGUGAUGAAGACGUUUUUUGGGGAGGAUCUGGGGUUUUCGACAACAUCAUGGUAUUUCCAAUCCUCCUUUCCCCUUUUCUUUCCACGGCUGUCUCCCAACCCCAGCCACCCACCACACUCCCCCCACAACCCCCUUCUACCCCCCCGCCCCUACAACUUCGGCACCAACCCGACCCCCGUCCCCCCCAGCACCUUCUCGCCCUCAUCCAACGGACACAGCUGA